GGACCCAGUCAAAAGACCUGUUCCAGCUGGUCUUACUGGUUACAAGAUAAAAGCAAUCUGGUAAACAUGAGGGAGGGGGAGAGGGAGCCUCUUAUUUUAAGUGAGGACAAGAUCAAAAGGAGGAAUCCCUGGGAAGGGAGGAGGACUGUAAACUGUGUCAAGAGGUGAAGGUAUACUGUACAAGUAAACACUCAGAUGGAGCCCUCUCACGUAGAUCCGUUUCAUAUUGUCACUCCAUUGAAGAAGAGCCCUGUGUUGUCUACUCUGGCUGGCACAGAUGUGCUCAUGAAACUGGAAAAUAUCCAACCCAUGGGUUCCUUCAAGAUACGAGGGAUUGGCCACUACUGUCAGAUGUUGUCCACGAAGGGAUAUACAAAGUUUGUCUGCUCUUCAGGAGGGAAUGCUGGACUGGCUGCAGCCUACGCAUGUAAUAAGCUUGGACUUCCAGCCACCAUAGUGGUUCCAGAAAGCACAGGCCAGGACAUUGUACAAAAGCUGCAAAAGCUGGGAGCAGAUGUCAUAGUGAAAGGAAAGGCUUGGGAUGAUGCUGAUGCUCAUGCACACCAGUUAACCGAGGUCCCAGGCUCUGUGUACGUCUCUCCAUUUAAUCAUCCAGUCAUUUGGGAAGGCCACUCUACUCUUGUAUAUGAGUUGAAGAACUCGUUGGGCUCUCAGACACCUGGUGUUUUAGUGGUGGCAGUUGGUGGAGGUGGUCUGCUUGCUGGUUUGGUUGAAGGGAUGGUUAAAGUGGGCUGGUCUGAUGUGCCCAUCAUUGCCAUGGAGACAAUAGGUGCCCACUGUCUAAAUGCCGCCCUUCAAGCUGGAAAAGCUGUCACCCUACCAGAAAUCACAAGCAUUGCCAAGUGUCUGGGUGCAAAGACUGUGUGUGAGAGAGCACUGCAGUAUGCAAGGGAGAAAAAUAUCAUUUCCAUAACUGUGGAUGAUAGAGAGGCUGUACGGGCAAUAGAGAAAUUUGUGGAUGAUGAACUGAUGCUGGUGGAGCCUUCUUGUGGUGCUGCCCUGGCUGCGAUAUAUUCAGGACACAUACAGCGCCUGCAGCAGGAGGGGAAGUUGCAAACACCCCAUGGUCCAGUGGUGCUUAUAGUAUGUGGAGGCAGUGGUAUCAGUCUCUCCCAGCUUCAGGACUUCAAAUCCCAGCUGGGACUGAACUGACCCCUAGAAUAAAUCAUGGGUUUCCAA